AUGGCCCGCAUCAUCAACCUGGUGCCCUGGGAGGACGGCUCCACCCACGUGUACGCACCCCCGGCCGUCCUGCUGCCCGUGGCGCGGCGGCGCAACAAGCUGGCCGGCGUGAAGCAGCAGCUCUACCACCCAGCCCUGCCCAGCCUGCGCCGCAUGGACAUGGACUCCGUCAGGGCCUGCCUUUCCGACGAGCACUGCCAGACCACCACCUACUGCCGCAAAGAUGACUUUGACAAUGCCUACUUCACACUCCUCGGUGUCCCCAACAAACCCCUGCAGUGCUUGGACAUCACGGCGACCGGCCAGAGGCUCCGAAAUAGGUGCCGCGAGGGAAAGCUGGAGCCCAUCGCACCGGGCAUCAGCAGGGUCGACUGGCCCGACUUCACGCGCGCCAUCGAAGACUGGUCCCGCUUCGUGUCCUCUGCCGGCGAAUUCAAGCUGCCCUGCCCGAGCAAGAAGGUCGAGAGUUUCAGCGGCUACGCGGUGCGGUACUUGAAGCCGCAGGUGACUCAGAACUGGCGGUUCUGUCUUAACCAGAAUCCCAGCCUGGAUCGCUAUGGACAGAAACCCCUGCCUUUCGACUCCCUGAAUGCUUUCCGACGCUUCGGCUCGAUCUACAGUCGUGUCAACUACCUGACCCCCUGGCGUUAA